ACAGUGACUGUUGACUCCAGCAGAAUGAGACGCGCUCCUUCAGUCCGGAUCACACGAUAAAACCCACUCUUUCUGCUCAAAAAACGCCUGCUUGAUUACAUUCACAUUAAUGCGAGGGAUACGGGCUCGACUGCGUUUCUAAUGGAGCGAUAUCAGCUUUCUGUGCUCUGCUGGUGGACUUUUUUGAUUUCUACAGUUGUGGAUUGGCGCGGAGUCGAUGGAAAUAAUCCUUUUUACCGUCCCUAUCGGAUUCCUCAACUAUGUAAAUUCUGUGAUGUGUUGGAAAGCAACUGCAAUGGCAAAGACACCUGUGAAAGCAACUGCUCCAUCACGUCCAUCUGUGAGAGUCCAGAUGAGAUCUGUGUGGCUAUCUGGAGGCAGAGUGAUGACAACAACACAAUCGAGACGUUGUGCCACAACCCCACCGUGCCCCUCUACGGCAUCAUGGUGGAGAACAACAACAACACCAAGUGCGAAAUGAAAAAGAGGAUUUCAAACAGCGGCCCUUUCCACAUCUGCUCCUGCAACGAGGUAGAGUGCAACGACAUGCUGCUGUUCAAACUUCCCACCAAUAACCAGGUGGUGUUGGUGAUCCUGGUCAGUCUUCUGCCUCUGCUGGUUCUGGCUGUGCUGGUCAUCGCCUCCUUCUACUGGUAUCGCAUGUACCGCCGCAGAAAACUCGACGAGUGGGAGACCAAGAAGCCUUCUAAACACAAGGGUCCCAAAGGCCCUCUGGACUGCAGUGACGCCUGCGCCAUCAUGAUGGAUGACGACCGCUCAGACAGCAGCUCCACACAUGCCAACAACAUCAAUCACAACAUGGAUCCGCUGCCCAUCGAGCUCGACCUGCAGGUGGGCAAGGGCCGCUUCGCUGAGGUGUACAAAGCCAAGCUGAGACAAAGCCCUUCAGAGCAGUUCGAGACAGUAGCAGUAAAGAUCUUCCCCUAUGAAGAGUACGCGUCCUGGAAGAACGAGAAGGACAUCUUUCAGGACAUCGACCUGAAGCACGAGAACAUCCUGCACUUCCUAACAGCAGAGGAGCGCAAGGUGGAGAAACAGUACUGGCUGAUCACAGCGUUUCACCCACGGGGGAACCUGCAGGAGUACUUGAUGCGCCACUUGCUCAGCUGGGAAGACCUGCGGCUGCUUGGCAGUUCCCUGGCAAGUGGCGUGGCUCAUUUGCAUAGUGACCACACACCCUGUGGGAGACCCAAAGUGCCCAUCGUCCAUCGGGACCUCAAGAGUUCCAACAUCCUGGUGAAGAACGACCUGACAUGUUGUCUCUGUGACUUCGGGCUCGGGCUUCGUUUGGACAACUCGCUGUCGGUGGAUGAACUGGCUAACAGUGGACAGGUGGGUACAGCCCGGUACAUGGCUCCAGAGGUGCUGGAAUCGAGGAUCAACCUUGAAAACAUUGAGUCCUUCAAGCAAACCGAUGUCUACUCUAUGGCUCUAGUGCUGUGGGAAAUCACGUCCAGAUGUAACGCCAUCGGAGAGGUUAAAGACUAUGAACCUCCAUUUGGCUCUAAAGUCCGAGAGCACCCCUGUGUGGAGAGCAUGAAAGACAAUGUGCUGCGAGACCGAGGCAGGCCAGAGAUCCCCAGCAGCUGGAUGAAACACCAGGGAGUGGCAGCAGUUUGUGCAACCAUCAAUGAAUGCUGGGAUCACGACCCUGAAGCCCGGCUGACUGCACAGUGUGUGGCUGAACGCUUCAACGAGAUGGACGACGACCUGGACAAACUGUCCACCUGCAGCAGCUCUGAGGAAAAGAUUCCCGAAGACUGUGCCGUGAGCGUGAGCGACGACAAAUGAGAGAAAGAUCUCUCUCUGCACAAACUGAAUGUUGUACAUCCUUCCAGCGAGGCGACGUAGAAGAAUACGGCCUUUUCAUAAAGCUUUAUGUCUCAUAACCAAAGAUUUCAUGCACUUUAUCAGAUUAUUCACAGCUCACACUGAGGAAGGUCACGCUGCGAGAAAGAGGAGCUGGACAGAUGCUGGGUUUCUCCUCUGACGGCUGACCGAGAGCCAAAGGUAAUCAGGAAAAUGUUUCGCCUCAACACUAAAGAUUCAUAGGAGAUUUUAAGACUUCCUACAGAUCAGUUCUGGAUUUUCUGGAUUUAUGGAAGAAUGUGAGAUUUGUUUGUUUGCGUGCAUGAAUGGUGUGUGUGUUUGUUUUUGCCAAAAAGUGUAUUGUGCUUGUUAUAGCCAAAGGAAAAAUAUAUUUUAAAUACAGCUUGUGACGUAAAAAAAA